AUCUGACUUCCUUCCAAUAGCCGACUGUGGCUGCACCAGCUGCUAAGCGUUGUUUCUCAAACAGGUGUCUGUCAUUCUUUAACUCACUCUCUCUAAUCCCCGAUUCGAAUUCGAUCUUCAGAUCUCCAAAGGUAUUGAAAUGGCGGAAUCAAAGCCAUUGAGAAAACCUGUUUUCACCAAGGUGGACCAACUUCGCCCCGGCACUAGUGGUCACACUCUUACUGUCAAGGUUGUCAGUACAAAGAUGGUAUUGCAGAAGGGUCGUGCUGAUGGUCCUCAAGUUCGUCAAAUGCGAAUUGCUGAAUGCUUGGUAGGAGAUGAGACAGGAAUGAUUAUCUUUACCGCUAGAAAUGAACAAGUGGACUUGAUGAAAGAAGGUACUACCAUAACUCUUCGCAAUGCGAAAAUUGACAUGUUUAAAGGAUCAAUGAGGCUUGCAGUGGACAAAUGGGGUCGUGUUGAGCUUGCUGAGCCUGCUAGUUUCACUGUGAAGGAAGAUAACAAUCUCUCACUGAUCGAGUAUGAGCUGGUUAAUGUUGUUGAAGAGUGACCUUUCUGGACCCUCUCUGGAUGGUGUUUGCUUUGCUUCAAUAUUGUAAACCAAGAAUAAAAUCAACUCCAGUAAACGUGUUACUCUGAUCUACACGACAUCUCAUCUUCAAAAGUCUCAUGGAAGUUCAUUUUUAGGAAGAAGAAAUCUGGAAGCUAGUGUAAUACUCGAAGUUGCUUCUUGCCCUUGCAGCGAAUCCAGCAGAACCUCUUGGUUGGACAUCCAUACAGAUGGCGAUGGCUGUAAAUUUUAGAGUUAAAAAUAACUAGCUUUUGGAACUUGCUUUCAUUUGUUUACUUUUGUUUGUUGUUUUUUUUGUUUUUGGUAUUUAGAUUAUACUUAAAGUAAGUCUAAUAUUAUGUAUGCCUUCAUACUUCAUACGGCUCGCGUUAUUUCUUUCCAAGUAAUAUCUAAAUGAUAUGACAUAAGACUUUUUUUUUUCAAUGGGGAAGGGGAUUCGAACCUUUUUUUUU